AUGUCCGCUCUGAGUCUCGCCGCUCUCGUCACCGUCCCGCUAAUCACCUCCAACCUGCGCAAUCGCAAAUCCAGAUCUGACGAGUCCUCCCUGCCGCUGACCGCGAUUCCCUCCUCCCUGCCCUUGUUCGCGGAGGCCCGCCGCAUCGCCCAGAAUGACCCCGAGAAAGUCGCCAUCGUCGAUGCCACCAAGGGCCAGAGCUUCACCUUCGGCCAGCUGCUGGCCGACGCCUCCGCCCUGAAGAAGCACAUCCUCGAGGAAUUGAAGCUGACCGAGACCGGCGACCUGGAGGAGCGCCGCAUCGCCUUCCUGGCGCCCAACGGCUACGACUACGUGGUGACGCAGUGGGCCGUCUGGGCCGCCGGUGGCGUGUGUGUGCCGCUCUGCACCUCCCACCCCGUUCCGGAACUGCUGUACACGAUCGGCGACUCCGACCCCUCGCUCAUCAUCCUGCACCCGUCGUUCGAACACUUCGCCCAGCCGCUGCGCGAUGGAAUCACCAAGGCCAUCCCCUUCAUGGCCCUGACACCCUUCACGCAGGCCGAGUCGCCCAAGACCAUCGUCCUGCCCGCCUUCAGCCCCGUCUGCUUCCUGGACCGCCGCGCCCUGAUGAUCUACACCUCCGGCACCACCUCCAAUCCCAAGGGCUGCGUCACCACCCACAAGAACAUCACCUUCCAGGCCAAAUGCCUCGUCAAGGCCUGGCAGUAUAGCCCCUCGGACCGCCUCAUUCACGUGCUGCCGCUGCACCACGUGCACGGCAUCAUCAACGGCCUGGCCGCCAGCCUGAUCAGCGGCGUCACCGUCGAAAUGCACCCCAAGUUCGACCCCAAGACCAUCUGGGCGCGCUGGCAGGACCGCGGCUCGUCGACCAUGUUCAUGGCCGUGCCGACCAUCUACGCGCGCCUGGUCGACUACUUCGACACGCACAUCCGCGGCACCGAGAACGAGGAGGCCGCGCGCAGCGGUGCCAACGCCCUGCGUCUCGUGGUCAGCGGCUCCGCGGCCCUGCCGACGCCCAUCAAGGCCAAGUUCGCCGACAUCACGGGCCAGACGCUGCUGGAGCGCUACGGCAUGACCGAGAUCGGCAUGGGGAUCAGCUGCGGGCUGGAGGUCGAGAAGCGCGUCGACGGCAGCGUGGGCUGGCCGCUGCCGGGCGUGCAGGUGCGGUUGACGGAGAAGGAGACGGGUCGUGUGAUUGAGGGCACGGACGAGGACGGCAUGAUCGAGGUCAAGGGCGACAAUGUCUUCCGCGAGUACUGGCGCCGCCCCGAGGCGACGGCCAAGGAGUUCACGUCCGAUGGCUGGUUCCAGACGGGCGACGUGGCGCGGCGCGACGAGUCCGGCGCCUACUUCAUCCAGGGCCGGGCGUCCGUGGACCUGAUCAAGUCGGGCGGGUAUAAGAUCUCGGCGCUGGAGGUGGAGCGCAAGAUGCUGGGGCUGGAUGCCAUCCAGGAGGUGGCGGUGGUGGGCCUGGCGGACGAGGAAUGGGGACAGCGCGUGGCUGCGGUGGUGAAGCAGCGUGAGGGCACCGACCCUCUUGACCUGCAGACUCUGCGCGCGCAGCUGAAGCAGGAGAUGGCGCCGUACAAGAUCCCCACGGUGCUGAAGCUGGUGGACGGCAUCGAGCGGAAUGCCAUGGGCAAGGUGAACAAGAAGACGAUCAUCCAGAAGUACUGGCCUGAGAAUUAG